AGAGAAGAGGAGGAGAGCGGCCACACCACAAAACCCAAAAAUGUGCAGCUGGCGGCGGAUCCACGAGAGAGGAGAGAAAACCAAAGCGGUAUCACAUGCAUAUCGUCUGGUUUUACCAAAACCAACGGCUAUGAUCAAACCUCACCACCUCAAUCCAACGGCCCUAACGACAACCGCGUUCACAAACCCAACACAGGAACCCUUAUAUCCCUUUUAACAAACAAACAUAAAUCCUCUCCUUAGACCCUAACCGUGUCUUCCCUCUCUCUCUCUCUCUAAAACCAGAACUCAGAUUCGUAUUUACUAUCUUUCUCUCUCUUAAAACUCAGAUUCAUUUCUUUUUCCUUAAAAUCCGAUUCCAUAUAGAAUAGAUAAGUGUAUAUUCGUUUGGAUAAUAAGGUAAGAUGCAAUCCAACGGCUCCGAUUCACAGCCGCAGAAGCAGGAGCAGAACCAACGCCAGCAACAGCCGCCGCCUCCUCCACCGCUACCACAACAACAGCAGCAGCAGCAGUGGAUGGCUAUGCAGUAUCCAGCCGCUGCCAUGGUAAUGCAGCACCAAAUGAUGCCGCCUCAGCAUUACGCGCCUCCACCGCCGCAGCACUACAUGGCUGCGUACCACCAAUACCACCAUCACCACCCGCACCUACAACAACAGCCGCAGCAACAUCAUCAAAACCAGGGAUCUAGCGGUGAGAAUAAAACGAUUUGGAUCGGUGAUUUGCAUCACUGGAUGGACGAAAAUUAUCUCCAUACCUGUUUUGCUUCCACCGGCGAGAUUGCUUCUAUUAAAGUUAUUCGCAAUAAGCAGACUGGUUUGUCUGAGGGCUAUGGAUUUGUGGAAUUUUUUACACAUGCAACAGCUGAGAAGGUUCUACAGAACUAUACUGGCAUUUUGAUGCCUAAUACAGAACAACCCUUCCGUCUCAACUGGGCAACAUUUAGCACGGGUGAUAAGCGAUCAGAUAAUGCACCUGAUCUUUCUAUUUUUGUUGGAGAUUUAGCUGCAGAUGUUACUGAUAGUAUAUUGCAUGAAACUUUCGCUAAUAGAUACCCAUCUGUUAAAGCUGCGAAAGUUGUAUUUGAUGCCAAUACUGGCCGUUCAAAAGGUUAUGGUUUUGUGAGAUUUGGAGAUGACAGUGAAAGAGCGCAGGCCAUGACAGAAAUGAACGGUGUACAUUGUUCAAGCAGGCCUAUGCGUAUUGGUGCUGCAACUCCCAGGAAGUCCUCUGGAUAUCAGCAACAAGGCGGAUAUGCAUCAAAUGGUGCCUCUGGACAAGGCUUCCAAUCUGAUGGUGAUUCCACUAAUACAACAAUAUUUGUUGGAGGUCUUGACCCUAAUGUUACGGAUGAAGAUCUCAAGCAACCUUUUUCUCAAUAUGGUGAGGUAGUUUCUGUUAAAAUUCCUGUUGGUAAAGGAUGUGGAUUUGUACAAUUUGGAAACAGGAGUAAUGCUGAGGAGGCAUUGCAAAAACUGAAUGGGACAGUUAUUGGCAAGCAAACAGUGCGCCUCUCUUGGGGUCGCAAUCCAGCAAAUAAGCAGUUCCGAUCAGAUUUGGGCAACCAAUGGAGUGGGGCAUACUACGGAGGGCAGGUUUAUGAUGGUUAUGGAUAUGCUUUGCCGCCACCUCAUGAUCCAAGUAUGUAUGCUGCAGCAUAUGGCGCUUACCCAGUGUAUGGAAGUCACCAACAGCAAGUAAGCUGAAAAAAUUGCAACACAAAAUCACGUAGCUCUAGCAAUCUGGAUUUGUCACGCUAGAAGAAGCAAACUUGUCUUAUUUUCUCGGUAGCUCUGUUGGUUCUGUAGAAUUGUUAUAAAUCCCUCCAAAUUUGUGGAGAGGAACCGAAUUUUGAUGACAUGAGGCUGAGGUAGUCUUAUAUGGAUUUAAUUAAUUAUUUGUUUAGAAUUACGGUAGCUGAGCUGAAACUUAUUUAUUGGAAUGCACGAAUUUGUGAAUGAGUGGCUGUGCGCUUCAUGAAUAAACCAUGUCUGGGAUUUGUGCGGUC